AUGAAUGAUAAAUUUCAGCUGGCUGAAGUGAUUGUCAAUGAGGUAAAUCCUAAGUUGCAAAAACUCAAGCAAAUGCUGAUAGCAAGGGGACUCUCCGAAUACGAUAUUGAAUGGACCGUACAAAAUCAAAUUCUUCGAGUGGCAAUCAAGCCAAAGAGCGCAACUGGGGUUAUAUCGCCGGUGAGGUCGAUUGACAACAUGCUUUGCAUCGAGGUGAACGUCACCAAAUUAGCACGAAGGGUAAAACGAUCUGUGUUGUCAUCGGAUAUUGAUGUGACUUGCCUGAAUCCAGUGGCUAAAUGUAAAGGACUCGCGUGCUCCUACUGUACAGACAUCGAUAUCAAUCCAGUUUCUUCAAGCGUACCUGGCGAUGAAUUCCACAACUGUAUUCCUAAGUUCUGA